CAACCACUGCACCUACUGCAUCCACCCCCCCAACCUCUGGGCUGCUAAUUGCGCCGGACCAAUCACAGGAGAGGUGGGCGGGUUUCCAUUGUUACUACAGAUACUCCGAGAAGUUUGCACCGACCUGCUGCAGCUGCACCUAUGAGUCUCCAUGUAAAUGAAUAGCCGCGGCCCGCGCGAGACAGACGAGCCGAUUAUGCCGAGAUAAGGAGCAUAUGACUCGCCCCUCCGUCCGAUAAUGGCACGCGAUGGUUCAUCCGCGGAGGAUUUCCCGGACAAAGUGAUGCCCAUAGCGGCUCCGUGCACGUGCAGCAAGAAGUGCAGGAGUCGGAGCAGCAGCGUUGUGUUCCUGGGAUUAUUCCUGCUGUCGCUGACCCUUCACGCUGUCACCCUCGUCUGCUAUUUGGACCUUCGGUCCCAGGUCAAAAGGGAAAUUAUUCACCAGAAGCGGGACUCAGUGAUGACACUGGCGGGGAGUGACCUGGCUGACCCGGCGGAGGUGCUCUCGCUCAGCCACCCAGUCCGACUGGACUCCGGCAGCAGCCGCGGAGGAGAGAGUCGUGAGGAGAAGUUACUGUACAGAAAAGCUGACUUCCACGGCACAGAGGAUAACAGGGGCAUAACUCAGCGAGCGAAAAGAAGCCCCGGCAAGGAGCCAGAAACAGAAUCAACUGGAAAGGAAAAAAGGAAAGAGAAAAAAAGAGUGAAAAAAAGGCCUGUGCCAGGACCACCUGGCCCUCCUGGUCCCCCAGGUCCACAGGGGCCACCGGGUAUCCCUGGAAUCCCAGGUAUUCCAGGAAGCAAUGUUGUGGGACCUGCAGGGCCUCCAGGACCUCCUGGGCCACAAGGACCGCCAGGCGCUCAAGGUCCAGCAGGGGUUCCUGACAAGGGCAAAACAAAGGAAUUCCAGCCAGCAGUGGUUCACUUGCAGGGGCAGGAAACUACGAUCCAAGUCAGAGAAGAUCUGUCUCAAGGCAUCCUUAAGAAUUGGAAGAUGGUGUCCAUCCAUCACCGCGUGUUUAAAAUGCACUCUCGCACUGGGCAGCUAGAGGUGCUGUUGGACGGUGUCUACUUCAUAUAUAGUCAGGUAGAAGUGUACUACCUCAACUUCACUGACAUUGCCAGCUAUGAUGUGAUGGUGGACUCCAGCCCAUUCCUCCGCUGUACUUGCAGCAUUGAGACGGGCCAGCGCAAAUUCAACACCUGCUACACGGCUGGUGUGAGCCCACUCCGCGCCGGCCAAAAGAUCUAUAUACGCAUAGCUCAUGAGUACACACUCAUCAAUAUGACCAACCACACCACUUUCCUGGGAAGUGUCAGACUUGGAGAGGCUCCAUCUGCUGGACAGAACGGAUAACUGCACAGUCACCAGCACCCACCCCCAACCCCCCCAAUGCGUAACCAAAAAGCAGCAGUCACGUUAGCCCAGAAUCACACUGCCUGUUCAUCCUGCCUGACGUGGGAUUGACACAGUAAUUUAAAAGCCUAUGUUUUGCCUCUGUUUAGAGGGCUGGUAAAAGUUGAGGACGCCCCUUUAGUGACUUUUGUUCACUUUCACAGAUGUCUGUAUUCAAAUGAACCAAAUAAGACAACUUCUGCUGCCCUUUACUUUAAUUCUGCGCAGAGAUCGAUGAACCAAAUGUUCUCAUCAGAGAGAAGUUUCUAUUUGUAGUCGCCAUUUUGUACCGGCAAAGACGGGAUCUCUCUUUAAAGUGAGGAAGGACACUGUGUUGAUGUAUACUAAGUGCUGUUGAAUGAUAAUCUUGUAUCUCCAAAAAAACAAAAAACGCUAAAAUAGCUAUUUGAAAUGUUUUGUUCUGGGGCUUUGUUGGCCUUUUUUAAUUCAUUUGAAUAUAUUAACAUUUUUAAGAAAAUAAAAGAUGAUGCAAAUGUUCAACACAAGUAUAAAAGUAUCUAUGCAAAGUAAAGAAAAUCCACUAAAACUGGAGUUAUAAGGUGUUCACAGAGCAACAGCACUAUAUAUUUUGCGCGCAUUUGCACUACAACAUCCCUGCAGAAUAUCAGUGAUAUGUUUUGUUACAGCGCUAUUGUUUAGUUACCUUAUGAAUGAAUCCAUGUAGAGAAAUGAUAGUUGUUAAUACAUGUCUGUACAUACUGUAUAUAAAAUGGGAUAUACUUUUGUAAAUGGAGUUGAUUGAUGGAUUAAAAUGUUUCAUUUUCUGUCUAAACCAUUCGUCUCUUGUGUUUGUGCAGCCGGUGGUAUUAAUUUAAAAGGUUACAACUUCUCUUUCAUAUCGGACUGAGCUGGCACGAGUACUGACAAGAACAAAUGAUGCUCUGCGAGCGAGGCCUUUGUCUUUAUUAAAAUGUGGCUUUUUACUCCGACUGCGAGUUUCACAAUACAUCUCAGAGUUUGGCUAUAAUUUUCAUGCAGUCCAAAUGAGUUCCAUCUUGAGAGGCAGGGCAAAGAUAGUUUUUAAAAUGAGGAACUAAUUUUGAAACUGAACGCUUGGGUUUCCGGAGUGUACCGAUGUGUGACUUCACUCGUUUGAGUAACUUGGGGACUGGGGGGGGACAGCUUGUUAGUCUCAAAAUGCUCUAUAAUGCGUUAUUAUCACUCACAGCGUUCAUGUUUUGUCUCAGUCUUUUCCUGGUGCACAGAGCCAGGGUUUUAGAAAAUGAUUUUCGCAAACUCCAAGGAGACAUAAUUCUACAAUUAAAUCAACCAUGUUCUGAGGGAGUCGAUGGGAAAUUGGCCAAGAUGCUUAAAACAAGCGAGGACAUUAAGUCAAGAGUCUUCCAGGAAGCUCACAGUUCUCUGAAGAUAUCUUCUAGGAGAGUCAAAAGGGACCCAGGCAGUUCUAGAGCUUCAACAGCAUUUCUGCAGUUAAGGGCUGACAC